UCCGGCGGGCCGAAACUAGGAAGAAACUUGGAGCUGCAGAGGCGCUCCUGCCCGUAUCUCCGCUGCUCCUGUGCCCCGUGGCCCGGCAGCGCGGACCUGUCGGGAGCCCUGGCCAUGGGGCAGCCCCGGCCCUCCGCAGUGUGAGGCGCGGGGCCUCCCGCGGGCUCCCCGAUAGGCCGAGGGCGGGCAAGCGGGAGGCGUCGUUCCAGCUGCGGUCACGGCCGCUGCCGGCCGGGCUCCCGGCAUCAUGAACAUAGACGUGGAGUUCCACAUCCGGCACAACUACCCCUGGACCAAGUUGCCGGCCAACGUGAGGCAGAGUCUUGGAAAUUCACAGAGAGAAUAUGAAAAGCAGGUUGUUCUGUACAGUAUCCGCAAUCAGUUACGAUAUAGAAACAACUUAGUUAAACAUGUCAAGAAGGAUGAACGCAAAUACUAUGAGGAACUACUGAAGUACAGCCGUGAUCAUCUCAUGCUGUACCCUUACCAUCUGUCAGAUAUCAUGGUGAAGGGCCUGAGGAUAACCCCGUUUUCCUAUUAUACUGGGAUCAUGGAGGACAUUAUGAACAGUGAGAAAAGUUAUGAUUCAUUGCCCAAUUUUACUGCUGCUGACUGUCUAAGGCUUCUUGGCAUAGGAAGAAACCAGUACAUUGAUCUGAUGAAUCAGUGUCGGUCAUCAAAAAAAUUUUUCAGAAGGAAAACAGCUCGUGAUCUUCUACCAGUGAAGCCGGUGGAGAUUGCCAUAGAGGCGUGGUGGGUGGUACAGGCUGGAUAUAUCACAGAAGAUGACAUAAAGAUAUGCACUUUGCCUGAGAAAUGCGCUAUUGAUAAGAUCAUCGAUGCGGGCCCUCAGCUCUCCGGAUCACUAGAUUACAAUGUAGUACAUAGCCUCUAUAACAAAGGAUUUAUUUAUCUGGAUGUACCAAUAUCUGAUGACAGUUGUAUAGCAGUUCCUCCUCUUGAAGGUUUUGUAAUGAAUCGGGUGCAAGGUGAUUAUUUCGAGACUCUACUCUAUAAGAUAUUUGUUUCAAUAGAUGAGCAUACUAAUGUUGCAGAGGUUCAGAGCACUGGUGAAGGAGAAGCACAGAGAUAUUUUGAUCACGCACUUACUCUGAGAAACACAAUACUGUUUCUGCGUCAUAAUAAAGAUCUAAUUGCGCAGACUGCACAGCCAGACCAACCCAAUUAUGGUUUUCCUCUGGAUCUCUUACGCUGUGAGAGCCUUCUUGGUUUGGACCCUGCAACUUGCAGCCGAGUUCUAAACAAAAAUUACACACUGCUCGUGUCCAUGGCUCCUCUCACCAAUGAAAUCCGGCCUGUGAGCAGCUGCACCCCUCAGCAUAUUGGACCAGCUAUCCCAGAAGUCAGUUCUGUGUGGUUUAAACUGUACAUUUACUACAUCACUGGGCAAGGACCACCAUCUCUUUUACUGUCCAAAGGUACAAGACUUCGAAAACUGCCAGAUAUAUUCCAGGGUUAUGAUCGAUUGCUCAUAACAUCCUGGGGUCAUGACCCUGGGGUAGUUCCUACGUCAAAUGUGCUCACGAUGUUGAAUGAUGCUUUGACCCAUUCGGCAGUUUUGAUUCAGGGACACGGUUUGCAUGGGAUAGGAGAAACUGUCCACAUACCGUUUCCAUUUGAUGAAACAGAACUACAAGGAGAGUUUACUCGUGUCAAUAUGGGUGUUCAUAAAGCAUUGCAAAUAUUAAGGAACAAAGUGGACUUGGAGCAUUUUUGUGGAUAUGUCACCAUGUUGAAUGCUUCUAGCCAACUUGCAACCAGAAAACUCAGUGACGCUUCAGAUGAGCGAGGAGAACCUGAUUUGGCUUCUGGCUCAGACGUAAAUGGGAGUACAGAGUCAUUUGAAAUGGUCAUUGAGGAAGCAGCUAUAGACUCGGCAGCAAAACUAAACUCUGUUGCCACAACAGAAGCAGAUUGGGUUCCUCUCGAGCUGUGCUUUGGAAUUCCAUUGUUUAGUUCUGAAUUAAACCGGAAAGUUUGUAGAAAAAUUGCUACACAUGGCCUUUGCAGAAAAGAGAGCCUUCAGAACCUCUUACAUUCCAGUAGAAAACUCUCUCUACACGUCCUUAACUUUGUUCACUCAUUCCAGGAAGGUGCUUCCACCCUGGAUGUUCCCACUGAGGCCAGCUUUUCCAGCGUGCUCUCACAGUCGUCCUGCGCCGAGUCGGGAGUCCCACUUCCUGCAAAGAACUUAAUAUUUAAAGAUGGCGUCUUAUCAGAAUGGAGUGGACGGUCACCUUCCUCGCUUCUUAUUGCUAAUCUCCAUUUGCAAUAAUUUGGUUCCACCAUUUGUUGCUCACACUUCUGCCUUUUUUCUUUCUUAACGUUAGCUUUAUAGUGCCAGCCACUAAAAAGCAUCGUGCUGCCGCAGUGCGAUUCACAUGCCGCUGAUGUUAAGGUUGGGGAACAUGUUCGCGUUUUCUGGAGUUUUCCUCAUUAUUGCACCUCCUCAUGCAACAAAGAGCUUUUUAGCAGCCUGCACUGUAUUUUUUACCCUGAGACAAUCUGCAUUUCUUUUAUAAAACUGAGGAUAUAUACUUUAUAGGCUUUAUGAUGACUGUUACGUUUAUAAGCAGUCUCUAUGAAUAUUGCAGUGGUAAUUUUAUAUGUUAGUUUAUCAAACAUAAAUCUUGUUUAAUUUUAUAUUUUGUUACCUACUCUUUAGGGGAUCACGGGAAGAGGCGGAACUCUUCCUCUGAAAAGGCUUCUUGGUACUUAAAGUAGCAAAACUAUAAAACAAUGAACAUCCAGUUUUGAGAGAUGAUGUGAUGGGGCAUUAAGAAUUUCUGUGGAUGUCUGUAAAUUAUGUAUAUGAGUGGAACAUUGUUGAAGGUAUGUAAAUCAGCAUAGUUAUGUAUAAGCUAACCUUGAUUCAUAAGGUCUUAACUCAGACUCUGACUAUACAUCGAAAUCUCAUGAGAAGCUUUGGAAAACAUUCUAUUUUUAAACCAGCGUUUAUAUGUGGACUUCUGUUGUCACUCACUUCGGGCUUUAUAUUUUCAUAGAGUCUUUAUGGGAAAAUUGAAUUUAUUUUCCACUCUUGUAACUGUGGCUGCUGCACAUUCUCACCCAGACUGUUUAGUGGCUUCGCCAAUGAAUUGUUAGGAAAUCGAAUCUGAUGUUUUGAAACCAAGGAUUGUGAUUUUCGGUUAGAAUUACAUAUUAGAGGCAUUAAGGCUGUGUCUUCUGAUCAAAAACACUUUGGUGAUAAACCUACUUUGAAGACAUUCUUAGGCAAUCUGGAUCUUAAAUUUAUGUGCAUAUUUUUGGAGGAACUGAUAAAGAAAAAUUGAGUAAUUUCAAAAUAUUUCUUGAGUCAUUGAUUCUUUUAGAUCUCAAAUGGUAAUUAGAAUAAUUGGAUUCACUUUCUAGAUUUUCUCAGUUACCUUCCUUGGGAAGUUUGUGCAGUGUUAUAGUUUAGUGUAGCUCUUCUCGUAGGAUAAUGGUUUGCUCGCUUAAAACUGUAACCAAACUGGUCAAACAACAUAUAUCUAAAACACUUAAAGCAUUAGAAAAUUCGGGAAUGUUAGAACCUAAACAUUUUUCCUGAUAAUUUUUGUUAUUUAUAGAACUGGUAUUUGUGUAUUUAACAUACUUCUGGAAAUAUAUGCCUUUCUUAAAACUGUUAACCAUGCAUUCGGUACCACGGCCAACCCAUAGAAUUGAAUAUCUCAGAGCAGGUUCCCUGUGCACGCAGUCAGUGCUGUGUUUUGGGGUAAGUGCAGUAAUGUUUCGUUUUCUACUUUGUCUUAUAUGAGGUAGAAAUCAAGUGUAUGUUAUAAAUGUUUGUCUAUAAAAGGAAAAAUACAUACUAAUAUUAAAGUAAUUUCUUAUGACUGUGAAUCACUCAUUUAUUUUUCCAAUAAUUGAUAUUGUACAUUCCUUGUGCUAUUAGGUAUGUAUGUAACUUUUACAAUUUUUUCAACAGAAAGUUGUAAGUAUUUCACUUGAUCAGGGCUCUUUAAUCUCAUUUUCAUUUGCUUUGUUUAUAUUAACUGUAGUUAUUUAUUCCUGUAUUAACAGUCUCAGCCUACUGUAAUGACAUGUACACUAAUAAAGAAUCGAAUAAUUUGUAGUUGUUGGCAGUGAACCCGGUUGGUGGUGAAUUGAAAACUUAAAAUAUGGGAGUGAUUUGCUGCUAUAUUUCCUUUGAGAGAUAAUGGAGGAAGAAUUAGAAUCUGAUAGUGAUCAUGAAUUUUAGGGAAAGUACUGGAGAAACAGAUGGACAACUCUGGUUUCUCCAGUGAAUGAGGAAAGGUUCUGAUUUCCAAUUGAAAACCUCUCAUAUUUCUAAAGAGGGAGAAUCUGCUUUUUAGAGCUGUUAGUAAAAUGUGAAAGCUGCUUUUGUGCUUUGCUUUAUGAAUUUGGCUUUGUUUCAUCCAUACGUUAACUCAUGGAAAGAUGCAUUUCCUAAUUUUACAGGUGUUGAUCCAGUUCAACAGACGUUAAAUUUUAAGUGUAGACUUCGUUUGCCAAAGACGACUUAUGAAAGAAUUUUAAAGUAAUUUCAUUUGGCUUUGUGCUACCUCCCCUUUCUUAAUGUGCUUAAACCAUGGGAGACAUUUUUUAGAAACCAAGAGAAAAAUAUCAAAAAGGACACAGAAUUUGGUAUGGGUACGGUUUCACCUCUCAGGUGGGUCUAAAGAAAUGCAACUUUAUGUCAUUUAAAAACGUAUCUGAUUUUCUCAGUUCCUUUCUUUCAUUUUAAAUAUGUAAUCAGAUGAUUUUGUAUUCAUUUUGGGGGGGAAUAUCAGUUUCUUUUACUUGAUGUUGUCAAUCUCUGCCAUUCAUGUUUCUAUUUUAUGUUCAGUGUUUCAAAUACAGUUUGUAUUUAAAGAUUUUAAAGUACCAAAACUCUGUAACUGAGUACAAUGGACUGUUUUCUGGUAUGAUGUUAAUAUUCUACAACAAAAUGUAUAAAGUGUUGUCAAUUUGAUUAUUGACACAUAUAAUAUGUUUACAAAUAAACUGUGGUGUUGAUCAAAUUACUGCAAAAAUGUGUAUAUAAUCUGUAAGUCCCUUUCUUAAUAUUAAAUACAGCCAUGCUCUCA